AUGUCUAGCGAAAGUACGGAUAUAAACUCGAAAUCGGGUGACUCGAACAAUGUUUAUGUCAAAGAUGUGUCAAGUCAUGAUAGUGGAUCUAAAUGGCAUCACAUUAGAGAUUCAUUCAAGAGAGCCGAAAGAGGAGACACAUUUGACCAGGAAUUGGACGGUUUAGAAAAAGCGAUCCAGAAGACAUCGAAGACAGACUUAUCACAAAACUUGAAAAAACGUCAAUUGCAAAUGAUCGCAAUUGGAGGAUGUGUAGGGCUGGGUUUAUUCAUUGGGGUUGGACCAGCCUUAACUAACGGACCGGCCAGUUUGCUUAUUGCGUGGGGUUUGGUGUCGACUUUUCUUUAUUGUACAAUGCAGUCAUUAGCAGAAUUAGCAGCAUUAUUUCCAAUCUCCGGGUCGUUUUCGACGUAUGCUACUCGUUUUGUAGACCCAUCUUGGGGGUUUGCAGUUGGCUGGAACUACGCCAUUUUCUGGGUGGUAGUGCUACCAUUGGAAUUGGUAGCCUCAUCCAUGACUAUUAAUUUCUGGGAUUCGAAUAUUAAUUCUGUAGCAUGGGUGGCUAUUUUUUAUGUAUUAAUCAUAGGGUUAAACUUAUGUGGAAAUAAGGGGUUUGGGGAGGCCGAAUUUGUUGCUUCUUUGAUCAAGGUCAUCGGUAUCAUUGGAUUUAAUAUUUUGGCCAUCGUGCUUAUCUGUGGUGGGGGUCAAAAAGGUGGUUUUAUUGGUGCAAAAUACUGGCAUAAUCCAGGCGCUUUUGCUGCGGGAUUCAAAGGUGUUGUGAGUGUUUUAAUUACAGCAACAUAUUCUCUUGCAGGUACCGAAUUGGUUGGAUUAACUGCCGCAGAAACUGCAGGCAACCCAAGACUUGUGUUACCAUCUGCCAUUAAACAAGUGUUCUGGAGAAUUUUACUUUUCUACAUGAUUACGUUAACCUUGGUGGGUUUCUUAGUUCCAUAUGAUUCACCUGAAUUACUUAGUGGUUCAAAUUCAUCCGAUGCAUCUGCCUCUCCAUUUGUUAUUGCCAUUGAGGCAGGUGGUAUCAGUGCAUUACCAUCCAUUUUCAAUGUGAUUGUUUUAAUUUCAUUAUUAUCUAUUGGUAAUUCUUCAGUGUAUGGAUUCAGCAGAACGAUUCUUUCGUUGGCUGAGCAAGGCUUAGCGCCAAAAUGUUUUGACUACGUUGAUAGAAAGGGACGUCCAUUAGUUGGAAUUUUAGCCUCUGCUAUUGUUGGUUUAUUAUCAUUUGUCGCAGCAUCUCCAAAGCAAACUGACGUGUUUGCUUGGUUAAUGGCAUUAUCAGGCCUUUCUACUCUUUUCACAUGGUUCUCAGUGAACUUAUCUCAUAUCAGAUUUAGAAUGGCGAUGAAGAAACAAGGAAGAUCUCUUGAUGAAUUACCUUACCGUGCAUUGACUGGAUUUUGGGGUUCCGUUUACGCAGCAGUGCUUUUAUUUGUUGUCUUGUGUUUACAGUUUUGGAUAUCUUUAUUCCCAUUAGGAGAAUCCCCUAAUGCCGCUACAUUUUUUGAAAAUUAUCUUGGAGCUGUCGUUGUGUUAGUUUUCUUUGUUGCACAUAAAUUAUAUUCCAGAAAGCUUAACACAAUAGUUCCUUUGGACACCAUGGAUGUUGAUACUGGGAGAAGGGAAACUGAUAUUGAUAAAUUGAAACAAGAACUUAAAGAAGAAAGAGACAUCAGGAGCGCUUACCCAAUUUACAGGAAGAUUUGGAACUUCUUAUUCUAA